UGGUGACUCGGUGUUCAUCUCGUGUUUUGUUUCCAUUUGCAGUGAAGGAGUUGAGCAUAGAACGAGUUUGGGAAGUGUUGGUUACUUCUCAGAUUCUGUUCCUUAGAAAGAGAGAGUGUGCGAUGACGGUAGCAGCAGGAAUCGGCUACGCUCUGGUAGCGCUAGGUCCCUCUCUCUCCCUCUUCGUUUCCGUCAUUUCCAAAAAGCCUUUCUUGAUUCUCACUGUUCUCUCCAGUACACUGUUGUGGCUUAUAAGUUUGAUUGUGCUGUCUGGAAUAUGGAGGGGUUUCUUGCCCCUGAAUACAACAGCAUGGUGGCCUUUUGGAAUACUUAUAUUAUCAUCUGUUGCUUUCCAAGAAGGGCUCAGGCUUUUCUUCUGGAAAAUAUAUAAGAGGUUGGAAGAUAUGUUAGAUGCUUUUGCUGACAGAGUAUCAAAACCACAUCUUCUCCUGACAGAUAAGAUGCUGAUUGCUCUGGCUGGUGGAUUGGGUCAUGGUGUUGCCCAUGCUGUGUUCUUCUGCAUCAGCCUAUUAACUCCUGCAUUUGGUCCAGCAACAUAUUUUGUUGACAGGUGUUCUCGGGUUCCAUUUUUCCUUCUUUCUGCCAUUAUUGCUCUUGCAUUUGUCACAAUCCACACUUUCUCAAUGGUCAUCGCAUUUAAUGGGUACACAGAAGGGAACAAAGUGGAUCGGUAUUUUGUUCCCAUUGUUCACAUUGUUGCCGGAAUGUUGACUUUGGUGAAUUUGGCACCGGGGGGUUGCGCUGUUGGCAUCCCUCUUCUUUAUAUCGUUGCAAUCUUGACCUCGAUUCAUUGUGGGAGGAUGGUUUGGAGAAGAUUGACAGAAAACCCAAUCAGGCCGGGUCAUUCAUAAUAAGCGAUAAUCUUUGUAAAAAAAAAAUCAUCUAUUGUUACUUAGUCCUCCCCAUUCUGGUCGGAAUACGUAAGAUACCAGUAGUCAUUAUUGCAUGAAGGCUGUUUCCUUGACGUUAUGCUCUCAUCUAUGCGGGGCCUCCAUUUGUCAGUUUCAUUUAUCAUCACUGCGAUCAGGUUUACUGAAGUUUUGGUUGCAGAUGCGGGUUUUCUGAAAUCUUGGUGGUUUAGCAUUAUGAAAAAGAAAAUCUAGUAGAUUAGGAGAUUAUUGCUUAGAUUGGGAUUUUAUGCCCCCAAGAUGAAAUUUCAUUUUAUGUGGAAUGUUAAUUGGGUGUAAUACAGUAAGUGUAUAUAUGCGUUAUCUCCUUGAGAUGAAUGCUAAUCUUCAAGUUACACAACGCACCCCCAAGUAAAUUAUGCACUUCAAAUUCAGUUCUAGUACAGCCAUAUAUGAAAUAUGUUAAAAUAAA